GGUGGCUACAGUGAAAACAAAAAUCGAGUAAAGAGGGACAUUCUGGUAACUGUGGCGCAAGCCCUGUGUCAGUGUGUUGCUUUGUUCGUGCUUUCCCUGUCCUUUUCCUUCUGUAGCUGAUGAAGGAAGAGGGCAUUUAAUGUUAGAGGGAGGCGUAACGCUUAGGCGAUGCGAGAACCUGGCAUUGAUGUAUGUCCCUCCUCCGCGCUUUCUUGCUCUCGAAAACGGCGAGAAGCAUCCCUUGCAUGUGUCUUCUCGUCUGUAUUUUUUUUCCAUAUUCACAUUAACAAUCCCACCGUUCACUAUUCUCCCUCAAUCUCUGCCUCUUCCUCUCUCUCUCUCUCUCUCUCUCUAUUUCUAUUUCUGGCCGAGGGUCGAUCGAUCACCCUUGGGUGGGUGGGAAGAGAGGGGAGCUGCAUUUUGCUGCCAUGGCAUUGAUCUUCUUCUUCAUUUCAUUCAGCAUUUGAGAUACGAGACACUGUAAUAAAGUUCUUUGCAUUUCAUUCUUAUUGAUUUUCUAGAUUAUUGGGCUUUUCCCUGUUUCUUUGGGGGGGGGGAGACCAGAUGAAGGAAGGGAACAACCGGAACGUGGAGAAGCUGGUGUGGGAUCAGAUGGCGAAGGGAAGCGCCAGGGCAAACGGAGGUGGGGCUGUAAUGGGCAGCGCCAGCAGGAACCUUACCCGCCUCAUGACCUAUGCCAUCCUCUGCUUCGCCAUCACCUAUCUCAUCUACUCCCUUAACCUCCUUCUCGCCGCUCGCUCCUGUCCUCCCCUCCCUCCUCCCUGCGACGCCACCUGCCCCAAUUCCUCCCUUUCUGCCGCCACCGCCACCACCAUUACCAGCAGGAUCGCCGUCGCCCAGGGGUUGGGGAACCAAACUAGCGUCGCCCGAGCCGCAGCGGACAGGUCGAGGGCGCCCGAGAACAAGGCGAUGCCGGAGGAAGGAAGAGGGACGGACCUGAAGCACAUUGUGUUCGGGAUCGCGGCUUCGUCGAGCUUGUGGGAGAAGAGGAAGGAGUACAUCAAGCUGUGGUGGAGGCCCGGGCAGAUGAGGGGGACGGUUUGGCUGGACAAGCAGGUGGGGCGGCGGCGGGGGGAGGGGCUGCCGCCCGUGAGGAUCUCCGGCGAUACCUCCCGCUUCAAGUAUACGAACAGGCAGGGCCACCGGUCGGCGAUCCGGAUAUCGCGGAUCGUUUCGGAGACGGUGAGGCUGGGGCUGCGGGACGUGCACUGGUUCGUGAUGGGCGACGACGACACCGUGUUCGUGCCGGAGAACCUGGUGCGGGUGCUCUCCCGGUACGACCACCGGCAGUUCUACUACAUCGGCGCCCCGUCGGAGAGCCACCUCCAGAACAUCUAUUUCUCCUACAGUAUGGCCUACGGCGGCGGGGGUUUCGCCAUCAGCUACCCGCUGGCGCGCGCGCUCGAGCGGAUGCAGGACCGGUGCAUUCAGAGGUAUCCUGGCCUCUACGGCAGCGACGACCGGAUGCAAGCAUGCAUGGCGGAGCUCGGCGUCCCUCUCACGAAGGAGCCUGGAUUCCACCAGUACGACGUCUACGGCAGCCUCUUCGGCCUUCUCGCCGCCCACCCUGUGGCGCCGCUCGUCUCCCUCCACCACCUGGACGUCGUGGAGCCCAUCUUUCCCAACGUGUCGAGGGUGGCAGCGCUCCGCCGGCUGCUCGAGCCCAUGCGCCUCGACUCCGCGUCCCUGAUGCAGCAGUCCGUCUGCUACGACCAGAAGCGCGAGUGGACGGUCUCCGUCUCGUGGGGGUACGCGGUGCAGAUCUUCAGGGGGAUUUUCUCCCCCAGAGAGAUAGAGAUGCCUUCCAGGACGUUCCUCAAUUGGUACCGGCGCGCGGACUACACGGCCUACGCGUUCAACACCCGGCCGGUGAGCCGGCACCCCUGCCAGAAGCCAUUCGUCUUCUACUACGAGAAAGGGAGGCUCGACAGGAAGGCGGGCGUGACGGUCAGCCGGUACGGGAAGUUCCGCGUCCCGGCACCGAGCUGCCGGUGGAAGAUACCGUCUCCGGGGAUUGUACAGGCCGUGGAGGUCUCCAAGAGACCGGACCCACUGCUGUGGAGCAAGUCGCCGAGAAGGAACUGCUGCCGGAUUCUGCCGUCGGCGAAGAACGAGAGCGUCUCCAUCGAGGUUGGUGCAUGCCGAGAGGGGGAGCUCAUUGUAACUUGAGACUCGUCGCAGGGCCGGCGCGGCUGGGGUUUCGCGUGCCUACCCAUUUGUCUCACAGCUCCAUCUCGUCCCCUUUUUCCCUUCCCUCCUGUUACGGUAGGAAAAAAGAUGGAGUCCGGGAGAUACAAAAGAAAUGGUCACGGGCGCGGUGUAUAGAAAUUGUAGGUUAAAUUUUUACCGUCACCCUUUAUUUCUUUCGCUUCCAUUGUAGUUCUUUUUUUUUUUCACAGCUUCUUCAUGGCUGUUGGCAGUUGUCACCUCGCCCAUCUCCUUUACAGUAAUUAAACUAAGAUAAAAUUGGCAAAGAAAAAGACAUGCUUUCGCUUCCACGACCA